UGAUUAGUCCUGUGGUCAGCUGUUGUUAUGCUUCUCACUGUAUGUUCUCUUUCCCCCCUCUCAAUGAAACGUUGGAAAUGAAAUCAUACACAAGGACACAUAAUAACCUCCCACUAGUGCGGAUCCUCCAGUCGCAGUAGUUUUCUAUUUUCUUCGGGACGCUGUGGAGGCACUUUACAAGUGUUGAAACUGAUGUCUCAAACAACAAUAACAAACUCCAGCUUAAAUCAAGACAUUAACAGACUGCUGAAUCAGCUCCUGGAAUGUGUGCAAUUGUGCCAGAGGCGAUUUGGUGGCAAAACCGAGAUUGCUACAGAAUUUGACAGUUGUGUCUCGUCCUUAUGCACAUCACUGGAAGCUGUAUUCGAGCAUGGGCUCAGGAACAGGCCGCUUGAGAAGAUUUCCACAUUGAAACAAGUAUCUGAGGUUGUCACAACUACACUUCACUUGAACAACGAUACCCCAUCAUAUUGGCCUUUUAUUAAGAAACAUUUAACAAGGCAUGAGUUUGAACGUUUUGAGUUGCUGAAGCAAGUUUGGACGAACGGGGGCAAGUGCAAGGCUUGGAUACGCUCGUCCCUGAACGAGCGCUCGUUGGAGAGGAACUUCCACAAGGUAUUGAGCGAUCCCGAUUUGUUGCAUACAUACUACGAGCAUUGGGCUUUCCUUUGCGAUCAUGAGCGCAGCAAUUUAUUGCCAAAUAUGGCAGCAGGUUUAGCUUCCAUAUUAUUCGCUGUGAAUAUCGACAAACCGGAACUGAAUUCGAGCUCUAAUCGUGUUGUUAAGCCAGAGCCAAUUAUCGAAGCUCCAUUGAUAGAAAAGGUUGCAUCCACGGAUAAGCGUAAGAAGAAGAGGAAAGUGGCGAAACAGUUAAUUUCGUUCGAUGAUAAUGAAGACGACGAUAACUUUGAUGAUAUUUGCUCGAGUGUACCAUCGAGUAUUAGCAGCGUAAUUUCGGAGACUUUCGAGAGUAAACAAGUGUUUGCGUCGAUAAGUGGUGCGAGUAUGGAGGAAGAGAGCAGCGGGUCCAGCGACACCCAGAGCAACGGAUCCGACGAGGUGCUGUCGAAGACGCCGCAGAGAAAACUGAGCGUGGAGAACAGCGGAUCCAGAGACAAGUACCCGAAUGUCCAGAUCGAAGGGACUUUGACGCCCUUGGAGCCGGACAUCGGCGAACUGACUCCAGUCCAAGCAAACGGCGAUGUCGAAAUGGCCGCCGACAUUAGUGCAGUCCUUUCGAGCAUCGAGAUUAAGAAUAGGGAGGAGGUUAGUAGGUUAGAAGGAAGACUGAAACUGUUUGAAAAAGAGAAUGAGAGUUUGAAGGAGCAAUUGAAGCAUUACAUGGGCGCAGUGCAACUGUUGAAACAGAAGGAGGAUGGACCGGAUUACAGGAGCGAAGCGAAGCUGUACGAGAAGAAGCUGGUGCAGGUGGCUGAGAUGCACGCGGAGCUGAUGGACUUUAACGGGAUGCUGCAGCAGAAUCUGUAUCAGAAGGAUGCUCAGAUAGAGCAGAUGCGUAAGGAGCUCGAGGAGUUCAAGGGACCAUUGAAUUCAGAGGACGAAGCGGACAGGGGCUGUGUUAAUGUUUGGAUACCGUCUGCAUUCCUUACAGGAAGCGGUUCGGAAGCCCACCAUGUAUACCAAAUUUAUUUGAGAGCCGGCAACGACGAGUGGAAUAUCUACAGAAGAUAUGCGCAGUUCCACGCGUUACACUCUGAUUUGAAGAAGCUAGAUUCGGCUAUCUCUUCUUUCGAUUUUCCGCCGAAGAAAAGUCUACGUAAUAAAGAUUCGUCUUUAGUGGAGGAUAGACGCAAACGUUUGCAGACCUAUUUAAGGAAGAUUUUACUUCAUUGGCCUGAACUGUCGCAGUGCAAUAGUAGAUUCCUGCUGGAACAGCACCUGUCGUUCUUCAAGGAACAGAAGGAUAACAAGAAGCGCAGCAUCUUCAAUUCUAGGCGCAGUGGGAACUCGUCGACCGAGAACCACUACACCGGACUUUAAUUUCGUUGCCUUUUAAAUCAAUUUUUUUUAGUACAAUUAUUUACUACACUCAGCGAAAUUGAUAACGAGGAAGCUGUUUUAUUGGAGCUAAAUGGUUGCGAUGCUAAUGAUAUUUUAUAUAUUUAUUCCAUAUAUUAUAAUUACCAAUAACAUAAAGUCUUAUGCGGGGAUAGUACAAUAA